AAUCCAAACAAGCCCGUAAGAAAACAACCAAACAGGCCCUAAGAAUCCUCGUUCUCCUCUUUUUUCCCCUCUCGCGCCCCACUUUGUGAUCCGCUCCUCCUCUGGUGACGAUGACUUCGUUGCUCCGCCGCCUCUCCUUCCUGAAACCCUCUCCUCCGCCGGUGAUGAUGACGUGGACGCGAGGCAUCCGGGUCGUGGUUCGAGACGACAAUCUGGACCAAGCCCUAGCUGUGAUGCAGAGAAAGAUGCAGAGCAGCGGGAUGGAGAGGCUUAUCAAGAGGCACGCCGACAACACCCGCCACCUCAAGAACUCCGAGAAGCGUGUCCUCGCCCGAAAGAGCCUCCAGAUGCGGAUCCGCUCCCAGGAGCUCGCCCGCAGGCUGCAGACCAUCCUCGUCAAGAAAAUCAGGGGCCUCUGAGCAUAGAUCCUUGGGUUGGUUCGGUUGCUUAAAGAGGAAUAGCUGCAUGAAACGUGGUGUUUUACGGACGAUCAGUUCUCUUUGUUGUUCAUCCCCUACUCUACUGUACUUGAACCCUUGCUAAUAAUAUUUUGUUUGUAACUGUUCAAAUUAUUGUGCUUGGUCAAAUUGUGGAUGAAAUUUGGCUCUAAGAUUUGUCACUUCAAUCAGAAGAUUUGCGGGCAAUAUCUUGCGAGAUUUAUUGUUGGUAAUGGUGCUUUAGGUGAU